UUUAUUUACUAUGGAUAAGUAAUAUUCUAUUACUAAUAAUAAUAGUAGUGAUAAUAAUGUGAUACCGUAUUUCGUGAAAAACAUGAAAUUUUAAUAGUAAAUUCAUUAAUAACAUUAUUACAUUUAUCAUUAAAUGGACAUGUGGUAUUGGAAUAAUGUAAUAUGUGGAUUUUGUACUCGAGUUCCAAAUGUAUUUACUGGCACGGUUGUAUUCUUCAAUCAAUUCUUCAUGACAUUAUUUCUUCGAAUAAUUGUAUAUGGAUGGCGAUCUGUGCAACGGGUGUAAAUCUUUAUAUUCUAACAAUCAUAACAUGUUUUAUGCUAUUUAUAUUAUCUGAAAAACAAUUCAAUAAUUCAUAUCUAAGAGAAAAACAAUAUUUAAUAGAAUUUAAUAAUAAUAAACCUGUUCGUAAUAAAUCUAUUCCAAUUACAUUAAAUAUAAUGAAUAAUAGAAAACGUUCUAUAAAAACAAUGAAUGAUCACAUGAAUAUAAGUAAUAAACAAUUAUUUACAACAAAAUCUAAUGAUUACAUAAUUGAAACUGAUCAUUUAUAUAAUAAACAAAUAGAAAAACAAAAACAUUCUAAUUCAUAUAUUAGUACAUAUAAAUCUAAUUUAUCAUUGCAAACAAAUUCAUUAUCAAAUAUAAUUACAAAUCAUUUAAAACAAUCUCAUAAUUCACAGUCUAUUAUAACAAAAAAAUUAUCAUCUUCAUUAUUAUCUAAUAAAAAUGAUAUAAAUGAACCAUAUUUUGAUCCAAAUCAAUCUGUAUAUAUCACUUCAAUUAUAAAUAAUACAGCUAGAAUUCCUUGUAAAGUAAAAAAAAUUGAUUUUUCUUCAACUGUUAUGUCAUGGUGGAAAGAGGAUUUGCCGACACCACUUACAGUAGGUAAUGAAAUAUCACUUCCUCGUUAUGAAAUUGACCGUACCGAUCCUGGAUCUUGGACACUGAUGAUCUUUCAUGUUACUGAAACUGACAGUGGAACAUAUAUUUGUCAAAUUAAUCUAGCCACCAUAAAAGAGAAAUUUUUCUACCUCAAAGUUAUUGCUCAGAAAAAUGAACCGGAUAUGACAAACUUAAAUGAUGAAUAUGUCAAAGAUGAAAUAGUACAAAAUACAUUAUGA